CGGAGCGCGGCGGCUGGUGAGCGGUCGGCGCGGGGCCGGGGCGCGCGGGCACGGCGCGGAGCGCUCAGACGCACACCGACGACGGGGACCCGACGGCCGGCCCUCCGCGCCCCGCGACUCCCGCCCAGCGCGCAGCCCGCCGCGCAGCCCGGGUUCCCAUGGCGCCCCCGCGUGCGCGGCGCCCGCUGCCCUGGGCGGCGCUGCUACUCGUGGCCGCGCUGCUGCCCGUCGUCUCCGCGGCGGCGGCUCCAGCUGAUCACCCACUGAAGCCAAGGCACGUGAAACUGCUGUCCACUAAAAUGGGCCUGAAAGUCACGUGGGACCCACCCAAAGAUGCUACCAGUAGACCCGUGGAGCAUUACAACAUUGCCUAUGGGAAGUCACUGAAAAGUCUUAAAUACAUCAAGGUGAAUGCGGAGACACACUCCUUCCUUAUUGAGGAUGUGGAGCCGGGGGUAGUGUACUUUGUGCUGGUUACUGCAGAAAACAGCAAAGGAGUGAGCCGUCCAGUGUACAGAGCUGAAAGCCUGCCUGGAGGUGAAUGGAUCAAGAUGGAUGGUUUUCCCAUUAAGGGUCCAGGACCAUUUAAUGAAACCGUCCCAGAAAAGGACGUGCCCAACAAGCCCUUGCGGGUCCGAGUCCGAUCCUCCGACGACCGGCUGUCCGUGGCGUGGAAGGCGCCGCGCAUGUCUGGAGCCAAGAGUCCACGCAGGUCGCGGGGGUUCCUUCUGGGCUACGGGGAGAGUGGCCGGAGGAUGAACUACGUUCCGCUGACAAGAGAUGAGCGAACACACGAAAUUAAAAAGCUGGCCUCUGAGUCGGUGUACGUGGUCUCCCUGCAGUCCAUGAACUCCCGGGGGCAGAGUCAGCCCGUCUACAGGGCUGCCCUGACGAAGCGGAAGAUUUCAGAAGAGGAUGACCUGGGCGUGCCCGAGGACAUCAACGUCCGAGUUAUGUCGUCACAGUCUGUGCUGGUGGCCUGGGUGGACCCUGCUUUGGAAAAACAAAAGAAAGUUGUUGCAUCCAGACAGUACACAGUGCGCUACCGAGAGAAGGGGGAGUCGGCGCGGUGGGACUACAAGCAGAUCUCCAACAGACGCGUGCUGGUCGAGAGCCUGAUCCCGGACACCAUGUAUGAGUUUGCAGUGCGCAUUUCGCAGGGCGAAAGGGAUGGCAAAUGGAGUACAUCUGUCUUCCAGAGAACACCCGAAUCUGCUCCCACCACAGCUCCUGAAAACUUAAAGGUCUGGCCAGUCAAUGGCAAACCGACAGCUGUCACUGUAGCUUGGGAUGCACUGCCUGAGACCGAGGGGAAAGUGAAAGAAUACAUUCUUUCAUACGCCCCGGCUCUCAAACCCUUCGGAGCAAAGUCCCUCACCUAUCCUGGAGAGACAACCUCUGCCCUCGUGGAUGGUCUGCAGCCUGGGGAACGCUAUCUUUUCAAAAUCCGGGCCGCAAACAGAAGAGGACUGGGGCCUCAUUCCAAAGCCUUCGUUGUCGCCAUGCCAGCAAGUCCUACCAGCGAGCCUGAUGUUUCGCAGAAAGAAGACGCAGAAGACGAUGAGAAACCUGAAAAGCCUGAGCCUUCCUCCUCGAAAGACACUCUCUUGUCUGUUUCUCCCCAAGGGAGAAAUGUCAAGAAUGCCCUUCUUGACCUGAAGAACAAAAUAUUGGCUAAUGGUGGGCUGCCCAGAAAACCCCAGCUUCCCCCUAGAAAGACCGAGGGCUUGGAUCUUCAGUCGACAGAAAUCACCGAUGAGGAAGAGCUGGAUUCCCGAGGGGACCCACCCACGUCGCCCUCAGAGACCCAAGAACAGAAGCCCCAGCAGAGACCGCCAAGUAGGUCUCUCCAUCCGGUCCUCGCUCCUGGCAGGACUCCGCUGAGAGCCCGAACACCAGUACUGCCUCGAAGAGGCACGGACAGGCGUGGCUCCCCGCCGGCCUCCCACCCCCGUCCAGGGCCGCCCCCCUCGACAGCGUCUGCCCCCGCCACACCCUCCCAGGGAAGCGCUCACCGCCUUUUUGGGCGUCCCUCUUCCAACGUGCCUUCCAGCUCUACUGACAAUGACUCAGUGGGCCAGGGGGAGGAAGAGCCAGCCGCAGGCUCCCCCCAUCCCAAGGACGCAGCCUCCCAGCAGCCACCGCCCAAGAGCGCAGCCGUCGCCCGGCCCGCGGUGUCGCCCAGCCGCCAGCCCCCCUGGAACGCCCUGCGCGAGGGCGCAAAACCAGCCUUGCCUGCUCGGAGGGCGCCCCAUUCUGAGGCUGGGGAGGGAAAUUCGAGGGCUUCAGCCCCAUCCUCGAGACUUUCUCCAGCCCAUGGGGGGUCGUCUCGGCUGCUGCCCACCCAACCCCACCCGGGGUCUCCUCCGCUCUCCUGGGGCUGGAAGGAUGGUCACGAGGCCCCGGCCGUCAAGUCCAACGCGCCAUCCCGGUCUACUAAGCCUUCCUCGGCGUCUUCUCGUCUCACCUCCAGGACACAGGUCACUGAGGAAGCAGAAGACUCUGAUGAGGACGGUGACAAUGAGGCAGAGGAAAAAGGGAGGCAGGCGGAGGCCACGGCCCCAACAUUUCGGGCCCGGCUGCCCGCAGGCUCACCUGUCUCUGGACACUUUAGUUUGCUCAGAAGCAGGCCCUUUGCCGCCCACGGGAGAUACCCACACGGAUUUGGCAGCGGCCGAGGACCCCGGUUACAGCCCUCCAGCUCCCCGCCGUCCACCCUGUCUCCCCGCGGGCACUCGAGGGUGAGUUCUCAUCCAGCUUCCGACCGUAGGCCAGGCUCCACUGUCCAUGAGGACAGCGAAGAGAGGGAGGCCGAAGAUGAGAAGCCACUUCCCUCCACCGUGGUGAAUGAGCCCAUGCCUUCCUCCUCCAGGCAGCCCACCUCCCGCGUGGCGGACCACCUGAGAAGAGGUCCUCAGAGAGGGCAGAGCCUGCAGCGGAAGGAGCCCCUCGCAGAGAACCCCAAAUCCGCCGGGACUUGGGCAGGGGCGCAUCCUCAGGCCAAAUCCCCAUCCUCUAAGGCGCAGGAUGCUCACCAGAGCACAGACGCGGGCGCGGAGGGCGGUUCUCCCAAAACGCAAAUGGUCCCCGCUCGGCCACCCACAGCAAGGUCACAGCACCACCCGGCGUCCAGCGUGACCAAAAGGCUGGGUGCCGGGUCCGCCGGUCCCGAAAAGCAGCCUUCUUCCGCGGUCUCUCCGUCCCAUCCACAGACGCACGGCCCUCGCAGCAAGGACGUGGGGCGUCUGCCUUCCAAGUCCCAGCAUGCGCUCCCCCAGACGGGGGAUCGCCAGCCCACGUCGCAGGAAAGCGCCUCCUUCUCGGAUCCUUACUCGUCCAGAGGGAAACAGCCCUCCCUCACGGCGAGCUCCCGGGAGGUGCUCUCCAAGUCGCCCCAGAAUCCGAACGAGGAUUCUGAAAGCGGAAACCACGACGACAGCGCAGAAGCAGCACCCCGGGCGGCGGGUGCCAAGGACGCCUCCCCGGCCCUUCCCAAGCACCGCCAGGUGGGGGCUCCGGGCGACGGUCACCUCCGCAGACCCCCAGCCAGGGCCGGCAGCCCCCAUCCCUACGCCCGCACCAGGGUCCCCGGAAGAGCAGGGACCCAGACGGUGGGGAAGAAGGACGUUGCGUCUCCGGCCGCAGCAUCCAAAAGGGAACCCCUGCGGGCUAAAUCGCAGCAGUCGGUCUCGGCCGAGGAGGAGGAUGAAGACGUGAUGUUUUUUAAAGGAGGAAAGGACAAGGACUCUCUCUCUUCCUCGGCCCCAAAGUGGCCCUCCUCCUUCAUCCCCAGGGGCAGCAAACAUGCGGACAGGAGCAUCGCGAAGGGAGACGCAGAACCCGCCGUCGUCGUGCCGGCGGCCCCCAGAGCGAGCUCCCGUGGGACGAGAGCCACCCCGGUGAAGCGUCCUCCUCCUCCUCCACGUCCUGGCAGCUCCCCGAGAGCCUCGCACCUCCCGCCCAGACAGCCGCCUCGCAGCCCUGCCACCCCAAGUCCCACGGUGGGCACCCCCGCCCCGCCGCGGUUCACCACGCGCGCCCCUGCCACCUACUCCUCUACCACCCCUAUGCUCUCCCUGCGCCAGCGCAUGAUGAACGCCAGAUUCCGGAACCCUCUCUCUCGAGCGCCGGUGAGACCCCCUUCCAGACAAGGUUACAACGGCAGAUCGAACGGAGAAGGGAAAGUACUUCCUGGUAGUAACGGGCAUCCGAGUGGACAAAGAAUUAUCAAUGGCCCUCAAGGAACAAAGUGGGUCGUGGAUCUGGAUCGUGGGCUAGUCUUGAACGCCGAAGGAAGAUACCUCCAAGAUUCACAAGGAAAUCCUCUUCGGAUUAAACUAGGAGGAGACGGUCGAACCAUUGUGGAUCUGGGAGGGACCCCAGUCGUGAGCCCUGACGGCCUCCCCCUCUUCGGGCAGGGGCGACAUAGCAAACCCUUGGCCAGUGCCCAGGAUAAGCCCAUUUUGAGUCUCGGAGGGAAGCCGCUGGUGGGCUUGGAGGUCAUCAAAACCACCACCCAGGCCCCCACCCACCACCCCACCACCACCCCCACCACCACCACCACCACGCGGCCCACCACCACGACCCCCCGGCCCACCACCACCCCUCGGCCCACCUCGCGCCCAACGACCACCAGAACCACUACGCAGUCCACCACGCGACCCACCACAACCACGACCCCAGAGCCCACCACCCCCGCCCCCACCUCCCCGGGGACCCUGGAACGGCAUGAUGAAGACGGCAACCUCGUGAUGGGCUCAAGCGGGGUCCCGGAGUGCGACCCCGAGGAAGAUGAGUUCUCGGGAUUGGAGACGGACACCGAAGUGCCCACGGAGGAAGCCUACGUUAUCUACGAUGAAGAUUAUGAAUUUGAGACCUCCAAGCCACCAGCCACCACCCAGCCCUCCACCACCAGGCCGGCCACCACUGCUACCACGCCCGCCGUCAUCCCCCCAGAAGGCUCUAUCAGUUCCUAUCCCGAAGAAGAAUUCGAUCUGGCUGGAAAGAAACGCUUUGUUGCUCCUUACGUGACAUACCUAAAUAAGGACCCCUCCGCCCCGUGCUCUCUGACCGAUGCUUUGGAUCACUUCCAAGUGGAGAGCCUGGACGAAAUCAUUCCAAAUGACCUGAAGAAGAGCGACCUGCCUCCCCAACAUGUCCCCCGCAACAUCACCGUGGUCGCUGUGGAAGGCUGCCACUCAUUCGUCAUUGUGGACUGGGACAAAGCCGCCCCGGGAGAUAUGAUAACAGGUUACUUGGUUUACAGCGCAUCCUAUGAAGACUUCAUCAGGAACAAGUGGUCCACCCAAGCUUCGUCAGUAACUCACUUGCCCAUUGAGAACCUGAAGCCAAACACAAGGUAUUAUUUUAAAGUUCAGGCCAAAAAUCCUCACGGCUAUGGACCUGUCAGCCCUUCGGUCUCAUUCAUUACAGAAUCAGACAAUCCUCUGCUUGUUGUGAGGCCGCCAGGCGGUGAGCCCAUCUGGAUCCCAUUUGCUUUCAAACAUGACCCUAGCUACACGGACUGCCACGGCCGGCAGUAUGUGAAGCGGACGUGGUACAGAAAGUUUGUGGGAGUGAUUCUUUGCAAUUCACUGCGGUAUAAGAUCUACCUCAGUGACAACCUGAAAGAUACAUUCUACAGCAUCGGGGACAGCUGGGGACGAGGGGAAGACCACUGUCAGUUUGUGGAUUCGCACCUCGAUGGAAGAACAGGGCCUCAGUCCUACAUAGAAGCCCUCCCUACCAUUCAAGGCUACUAUCGCCAGUAUCGCCAGGAGCCAGUCAGCUUUGGCAGCAUCGGCUUUGGGACCCCGUACUACUACGUGGGCUGGUACGAGUGUGGGGUCACCAUCCCAGGGAAGUGGUAACUGCGGGACGAUGGCACCAGGAGCUCGCCCUGCCCGGCCCCCUCGACUGACUUACACUAGGGGCUGUGAGCAGGGGAGAGAGACGGUGUCUGAGCCCACUGUCCCUGGUGACAGUCCAUGGACCUGGGACACCUCAGGCAUCCUCAGUCUGGAGCUCAGUCCUACUUCUUGGCUGGACCACACGCGGGAUUCAGCGUUGCUGGUACCUUUGCUUCUCCACAUCUUGCCUGCGAAGGCGCGUCCCGGAGACACCAGGAACGCACGGCUCCCGGAUGCCCACCGAUGCAAUACGAUUUUCAUACUUUUUAUGCACACAGUUCAGAUGCUUCGCUGUCUCCCGGGAUCAGCAUAAACACGCUGGGCUUGCUUCACGGGAUGCCACCUGCUUGCUUUUUAAAAAACUUUUUCCUCGCUGAACUCCUCCAAACGUAGCUAAAUGUAAGCUUUGGAUCUCUUCCUAUGCUGUAGAACUGAAUUACUAAAAAUGCCACCAAAGGAAAUGUAGCCUACUUAAGAUUUAUUCUGUGGAUUUAUCCACGGCUAGGCGCCCAAUGUAUCAAAUCUCAUUUGUAAAUUCUCAGUUUUGAUAUAUAUAUAUGUAUAUAUGCAUAUACAUAUCCACACUUGUCUGUAAGGACGUUGAUUAAAACUGCUGAAUUUGUACUUGUUCACUA